AUGGCUCUGGUGACAUGGUUCACCUUGAUUGUGAUGGGCAUCAUGCACGUGCCACUGCAGGUCGGGCAUGGUCCGGACGUGGCCAGGUGCCAGCGCGAGCAAGAGCGUCUGGAGCUGCUGCUCCAGGACAUGGCUCGGCUGCUUGAAGAGAUGCAGCUGAAACCCCAGGAGUCGAGCUGGGUGACCAGGGGAGCCCUGCUCCUUGCUUCCUUGCAGCAGUGGCAGUUCUGGGCCUUUGCUGGAGGCCUGCUCCUGCUCUUUUGGCUCUGCUGGCGGCCCUGGAAGAGGAGCCGUGAGCCAGGAAGCAGCAGCAAGCAUGGCAGCUCCACAAGCCUUGAGGAGGAGGAGGAGGAGGAAGAAGAGGGGGACGACCCAUUGCACAUGGACAGGUUUCUGCAUGAGUGUACAUCGUGGCCACUGCGGAAGAGGCAACGAGCGCUCAUGAUGGUGGAAGAGCUAGUGAACAACCUUCUCCGGGUCUGCCGAAUCCUGUCCGGCAAUGGCUUCACGCCACGACUGCAGCCAGCUGUCGGGGUGGGUGGCUUCCUGAAAGGCUGGAAUGGUCGUGAAGAAGACCUUGUCUAUCGCCUGCUUGUGCCCCUGAAGCCACCCGCUGGGCACUCCUUCCACCUCGAGCUGGGCACCGAAGGGGACAUGCCGCUCAGGAACUCCUGCCUGCGUGUGGAACUGGAGUGCAUGUGCACCAGGGAGCGGCAGCUGGGGGACAUGCUCUGCUUCCUCCAUCACCCUGAGGAUGAGCUGAUGAGCAGUCAGGAAGCCAGCCUCCUGCAGACCCUCUGCACCGGCUCGUACCUCGACGUGCAGAAAACCGCCUUCUGGCUGCAGGGGCUGGCGAAAGCAGCCUCCAUUCUUGCGCCUCCAGCCACCAAGUGCAAGCUAAAAGUGCUGCCCUCCACGCGCUUCUGCAAGCUGCAGCUGAGAGAUGUCUUCAAGAGAUCCCUCUUUGUGGAGCUGAUCCUGGCGGUGCAGCAAGGCAACUCGGACACAUUUGUGAGCAUGGAGUAG